AUGACUUCGUUGAAGCAGGCGUUCAGCCUGUCCAAGGAGGAGGUCAGGAACGCGAAACCCCCGGGUACUGCAACGCUUGUCGAACAUCUCGAAUGGACAGCUUCGCAAACCAGCCACGAUGAAAUCCGCCUUGUACCGCAGCCUUCUGCCGACCCAGCAGACCCGCUAAAUCUGCCCAUGUGGCGGAAGAUAGCGACGCUGGCGGUUAUGUCGGUGCACCCUUUUGUCGUCAACUUCACCAGUGCUUCCAUCUCGAGUGCAUUACCGAUAUACGCGUCCACGCCCAUUUUUGGGCUGCCACCAAAGUCCUUUUCCACGUUGACAUAUCUUCCCGCUGUCAAUGUUCUAAUGCUGGGAGCAUCUAAUCUGUGGUGGGUGCCGUUGGCGAAUACGUUUGGUCGUCGCCCAAUCAUCUUGAUAAGCAUGCUGCUUUUGAUUUUCUCGAGCAUGUGGGCGGGACUCACGACGGAGUUUAAUAGUCUAGUCGCUGCGCGUAUCUUCAUGGGUAUAGGGGGUGGUCCGGCAGAUGCAGUGAGCCCGGAUGUUGUUGGAGAAAUCUUCUUUGUGCAUCAGCGUGGACGCGCUUUGGCGAUUUACACAGUCUUCCUCUCCUUCGGCUCCACAGUCGGCGCCGUAGCCGGCGGCUACAUAGUCGCAGACAUGGGUCUAAAAUGGCUCCACUGGAUGAACGUCCUCCUCUCCGCCAUCUCCUUCGUCCUCUGCCUCGUCCUCUUACCAGAAACGCUGUACCACCGGCCCCAAACCACAGUCACCUUCAACGACGACCCGGAUAAAGUGUCCGCCGAGACCAAAGAAAGAGUCACCAUUACCGACACGGCUGCGUCUUACCCUUCAUACUCGUACCUCCAGUCCCUCAAACUCUUCACCUACCAACCUGGUCUAGAAAGGAAAUUCCUCGGCCCGUGGAAAGUUAUCAGACUACCCGGUGUGUGGCUGGUGUCUGGGUGGUAUGCUGGUCUCGUGGGAUUGAUUGUGACGAUGAGUUCAGUGGGUCCGCAACUAGUGGGCGCACCACCGUAUCUGUGGGGUAAAAAUGUUGGUUUGAUAAACGCUGGUGGUAUCAUCGGUGCUCUUCUUGGCUGUGCAUACACCUAUGCCAUCUCCGACUUCGCCACCAAACGCCUCGCAAAAAAAGACACUCAUGGCUUCGCGGAAUCCGAAUCCCGCCUUGUCACCGCCCUCCCCGCCCUCUUCAUCGCCACCACCGGCGCCCUAAUCUUCGGCUUCGUCGCGCAGCACCCUUCAGAAACCGGGUGGGUGGGUCUCCAAUUCGGCUUCGGCAUGGUAUCCUUCGGUCUCAUGCAAGCCCCCUCUGUUGGCUUCAACUACCUGAUUGAAUCGUAUGGAUCGCUGGCUGGCGACUGUUUCGUCACGGUGACUACAUCACGCGCGAUUGUAUCUUUUGCGUGGACGUUUUUCGUCGGCGAGUGGAUUACGAAGAAGGGGGCUGCGGAGCCGUUUGGGAUUUUUGGCAUGUUGAUGGGGGUUUUUGGGUUGUGUACGAUUCCGUUUUUGUGGUGGGGGAAGAGGUUAAGGGUGUGGUCGGCCAAGUGGGUCCCGGAGGAUUAG